AUGCGCUCCAGAAUGCUCCCGGCAUCCGGCUCAGAAGCAACUCCAGCAUUGGCCAGGAACGCAAUGCCGUGGAUUUUUGUUUCGACUUUGGAGAUGGUUUCCUACAAAAGCAUCGCUCUCCUUUGGAAAUUGCUCUCCUCCCUGAGCAAGAAUGCCGUCUUGGUGCUAGUCCUCUAUUUCAUGUGGAAACUUCUGGGAGGUUUCCCUAUGUUGGCCAGCGCUUACUCCUGGCUGCGGAAAAACUGCAGACGUCCUUCGUUCUGCCCCGAAAUUUCACCAAAGCUCCUUUCUCUCGCAGAACGGGUAAGUCAGUCUCCUUGGCUGGCCCACCGAGCCUUUGCCCGGGGAGCUUGGAGCCAGGGCUGCUGCAACAAACAGCUGUGCAAGCCUUUGGGAUCAGAGAUGCAAGAGGGCAUCAGAGGAGAGAGGGAAGGGAAAGGAAGAGGGCUGAGGCCAGUGCUGCCCCUGACCACAAUUCAAGGCCAUGGCACCCUGCUUGAAAACCUCUGAUGUAGGUUAAUAAGUCUUUUGGGUCUGGGAGGGCUGUGAGAAGAAACAAAGACAGAGGCCUCCUGUUCCCUUGUUCCCUGCCAAGACAGACACCUCUCUCUGCUUGUGCUUCUUCCUUCGUUGCAGUUUUUUCGGAAGGUCACAGACUGGCGGAAGAAGAUCGAGGAAGGUAAGAAGUCUCCUUCCAGGCCCCCAGCUCCUUCGCCGCAGCUCCUUUCCUCGGGUGCAGACCUUUGAUAGGAUAAACUUUAUUUGCAUUAGCCAACGGCCAUAGCAACAUAAAACAAGCGAUAUAUACAAAUAAAAUAUAUACAAAUAAAAAAGACAGCAAUGGGUAAAAAGGGCAAUCAAAUGACCAAGAUUAUCGUUCAGAUAGUGGCCCUUAAUCUCAUUGCACCCUCGAUGAACCUAGCAACCUUUGCUGUUGUCUGAUCAUUUUGAUCUGAUAAAAGAAAGACCAAUGUGGCCUCAGAUGGGCGGCCUGGGAUGGUGAGUAAGAGUGGGGUGAUGAUCUCAUUCCUCAGAUCUUCAUAAAGGGGGCAGGACAGGAGAAUAUGAGCCGCUGUUUCCAGAUUGCCAUCUCCACAGGGGCAGAGUCGUUUCUCAGUUGGAAUCUUUUGGUAUCUGCCCUCAAGUACGGCAGAGGGCAUCACAUCCAGUCUGGCCAGUGUGAAGAAGGCACAUCUGUAUUUUGGGAUAGUUAAUUUAUACAAAUAUGGUGCCAGGGAAUCAAACUAAGAAGGGGGGGAAAGGCAUACCAAGGACAGAAUUUCUUUAUAAUGGCCAGAUUGUUCUGUUGCUCUAAGUCCUUCAGACGCUGUCCAAUUAGCCUUUUUGCUUUAAUAAGGCCCCUCAUGAGAAGCUGAUGUGGGUGGAGUCCGCAGGAGAUGAAUUUUUGGUGCACAAUUUUGGACCACACACUUUUAUGGGGGUCUUGUGUCACUAAGGGCAGUAGACCGGGUGGAUUUAGAUUUAGACGGAGCCAAUAAUUAAGAGUUCUUUGCCAGGACUGAGCUUCUACAGAGGGAAGACUUGCCUCCAGUCGUAAUUCUGCAUUUGGGACAUUGCCAAGCUGGUCAUGGGAAGAAGGGAGAAUUUCGAUUCCGUUUGCAUUCCCAGGCGAUCCUGCCUCAUUCACCCUUGGCAAGAAGCGGCGGGAGAAGGAAAGCCCAGCCUCUCUUUGAGAUUUGCGCUUCUCCCAUUUUCUUUGGGAUAAAAAUUCUAUCCAGCAAAAUCACAUACAAAUGUGCAUACCGGAAGAAAUUCACACUUGAAAUACAGGCUUUUCCAUGGUGACUCGCCUGGUGCCCUUGUCACAUAUGCUUAGGCACCAGGCAAAAACAUUCCUCUUUUAAUCAGGCCUUUGGGGCUUUUAACUAUCCAUGGCCUUUUUGCCUGGAUAGGGGGCUUUAAUUUUUAUUUUUUUGGCAGGGGUGGCUUAAAAUAUUGUAAUUCCUGGUAAUUUUUGCCAUUUCAUCGUAGUCCAUCAGAAACCAGGUAGAGAGGGACUUCACGUCCCAAGGUCAUAUCCAGCCAUAUCCUAUGGAUCUCUAACAGGAAGUUGCCACCUGUUUCUUUGCUUUGCUGUGAACUCUCUUGAUUACUUAUUAAAGUUCGAAAGAAAGAAGAUAAAUUCACCAUGACAAAACUGCAGAAGGGCGCCAUUAACUGGGAGCAGGAGCCCCAGGGUGGCGUAACGGUUAGAGUUUUGGGCUUUGACCUGGGAGAGCAGGGUUUGAAUCCCCACUCAGCCACAAAACUCACUGGGUGACCUUGGGCCAGUCACUAUUUCUUAGCUUAACCUACCUCCAGAGCUGGGCGAUAUAUCAAUGUAUCAUCCAAAACCAUUUUGAGGUCCAUAUCAUGAUAUUGUUUUUUGACCUAGCAAUAUAUUGCGAACCAUGAUGUGUGUGUGUGUGUGUGUGUUUGCUAUGCAAAAAGGACAAUGUGGGGGAAGCCAUGAAGCGAACGAUUGCUGCUCUCAAUUCCUACAGCCUGUUAACUCUGCUGCCUCAGCACGAUGCAAGGAAAACCGUGAAGCCGUCCUUAUUUCAGAUAUAGUGAUAAAUCAGAAUAUCACUGAUUUUUAGCUUGUCAUCUAUCACAAUGUUGAUCUAUCACACCGGGUGGUGCUGUGGUCUAAACCACCGAGCCUCUUGGGCUUGCCGAUCAGAAGAUUGCGGUUCGAAUCCCUGCAACAGAGUGAGCUCCCGUUGCUCUGUCCCAGCUCCUGCCAACCUAGCAGUUCAAAAGCACACCAGUGCGAGUAGAUAAGUAGGUACCACUGUGGCGGGAAGGUAAACGGCAUUUCUGUGUGCUCUGGCUUCUGUCACGGUGUUCCAUUGCUGCAGAAGCAGUUUAGUCCUGCUGGCCACAUGACCCGGAAAGCAGCUUGUGGAUAAAUGCUGGCUCCCUCGGCCUGAAAGCGAGAUGAGUGCCGCAACCCCAUAGUCACCUUUGACUGGGCUUAAUCAUCCAGGGGUCCUUUACCUAUCACAAUGUUGGGAACCGGAUAUCCCCCAGCCUUACCUACCUCAGCGGGUUGUGGCGAGGAUGAAAUGGGGAGAAGGAGAAUCAUGAACAUCACCUUGAGAUCCUUGGAAGAUAACGGUGGUCUAGAAAUCUAAUAAAGCCUUUUCUUCCCAUCGCAGGUAUCAAGCACAAGGUGUUUUGCAGGCUACCAGACGGCAUCGCCCAGAGGGCUCCUGGGAGCUCUGUCCGCCAACUGCUGUGUGAUGACGUGGCCUGCAAGGUGUGUGAGCAAGCAGCUCAGGAGGCCUCGCAGCUGAUGAGCGGCAGCAGAGCAGGCGGCUACAAUUUCCCCAGCAUCCGGGCCCCGCUCUCCCAUGGGCCUUGUGUGGGGCGCCCGCUCCAGCUUGACACACCUGAUUCCUUCCCACAGAGUGCCAGCGCUCCUGACCCCAUCUCUAGAGAUCUUCCCGUCACCCCGACAAGACCGGCCUCGUGCGGCAGGCCUCUACGUCCCUCCAACUUCCCAGCGGACAAUAGGGAGCAAACCUUCUCCAUCGCAGAGCGUGUUUCCGAGGGCUCAAGGGGAAGCAGCCACCGUUCUGGCGGCCUAAUCGGACAGGAGGAAGAAGUCCUCUUCUCGUCCACUACGCAAGAGAUGUCACAGAUGAGCAGGACGGCGUCUGCUUCCGACCUGUCCGAGUUGUCUUUCAGCAGCUUGGAGGGCGGCAAAUCUUGCAGGUGUGGCCAGGUUCCCCGUAAACCGCGCAAGCGCCGUAGGGACUCCGGCUGGGUCAAGAGCUCUGCGGAAUCCCAGAUGAGCGGCAGAGACACAGAGAGUUUCUUUCUCCGGAUGAGAAUGUACUCGCAGAGCUCGCCCAGUGAGGCCAGCCAUGGCCGGGGACGCAAGACGACGUCACCUCAAGAGGGAAGGAGUGAAACCCCCCGUAGCACGAGGGACCCAUCUUCCAGCAGGGCCCAGGCGUUCGUGUUUACAGCAGCUGACAUCUCCUUUCUGGACCAGGCCAUGGUAGCAAGCUUGGAAUCGCACCUGCUGGGGAAGAGGGUGCAACACCUUCUGGGGCUGCCCUCAGCCCUCCUCAGGUCCCUCCAAGGCUUUGUGCCCUCUGCUCCGCGUCCUGUGCCCCAGCGGGGCCCUGUGGGUGUUACUGUGGUGACGGGUCCUCAAGCCCUCUCCUUUGUGGCUGAGAGAGCAAAGAAGAGGCUGGAGCACCACCUGAAGAAAAUGGUCCAGAUGAAGCAUUGGCAGCUGCCCCAGAGGGUGCAGGAGGCCCUUAGGCAAAUGAAGCCACCUUCACAGCCUAGAGAGACGCCUACAUUCCCUCAGAAGAAGACGCCAAGCUCCUCCAAGAAGCUUGCAAAGGAGAGCUGCUCGGCACUGAGCUGUGCCCGGAAGCAGCAGGUGUUGCAGAGGAAUUUGGCCAAGAGAGCCCUUGAGACGCAGCUGGGUGUGUCCGCUCCUAAAAUCCAGCAGUUUCGGAAAGCCUCCCCUCAAGCCCCGAAGCCUGCGCUCCCCAAAGUCAUCCCACCCGGGUUGAGACCUCCAGAGCCGAGAUCCCAGCAGAUCCAUUUUCUGGACCUGCAAGCUCUCAGUCACAUCCAGCUCAACAUUACCCACAAGAAGUUGACCUAUCGCUUGGGGCUGCCCUCGCUGUACCAUAGGUCCCUUGCCCAGCUGUUCCCGGGUGCCGUGUUUCAAGCGCCCACCUUCCCUUUGCCCAGAAGAUCUGCAGCGUUCGGCUUCACCUCUACACACAUUCGGUUCCUCUGUCCGAAGGCCCGAGAGGAGCUGGAGUGGCAUGUCAGAAAGAAGACUCUGCAACACGCCUGGGGGAUCCCGGGGCUCGUUCAAAGGUCCCUCCGGAUCCUCCUAUCAACCUGCCAUCAGGUUCGCCCCAGGAACGCCAGGGCUGGUGAGGUGUCCAUUUCCAUACCCGAGCUCUCCUUCCUCAGCAGGGCCACCCAGAGGGAGCUGGAGAAGAAUGUGCAGAAAAGGAUUGUCAACCAGCGUUGGAGGCUGCCCCAGAGGGUCCUUGACUCCAUGAAGCUCCUCUACCCACAGGGUCAGCUUGGCAACAUAACGGGCUCCAAGCCGAGCUCCUCCAAGAAGCUUGCAAAGGAGAGUUGCUCGGCGCUGAGCUGUGCCCGGAAGCAGCAGGCGUUGCAGAAGAAUUUGGCCAAGAGAGCCCUUGAGACGCAGCUGGGUGUGUCCGCUCCUAAAAUCCAGCAGUUUCGGAAAGCCUCCCCUCAAGCCCCGAAGCCUGCGCUCCCCAAAGUCAUCCCACCCAGGUUGAGACCUCCAGAGCCGAGAUCCCAGCAGAUCCAUUUUCUGGACCUGCAAGCUCUCAGUCACAUCCAGCUCAACAUUACCCACAAGAAGUUGACCUAUCGCUUGGGGCUGCCCUCGCUGUACCAUAGGUCCCUUGCCCAGCUGUUCCCGGGUGCCGUGUUUCAAGCGCCCACCUUCCCUUUGCCCAGAAGAUCUGCAGCGUUCGGCUUCACCUCUACACACAUUCGGUUCCUCUGUCCGAAGGCCCGAGAGGAGCUGGAGUGGCAUGUCAGAAAGAAGACUCUGCAACACGCCUGGGGGAUCCCGGGGCUCGUUCAAAGGUCCCUCCGGAUCCUCCUAUCAACCUGCCAUCAGGUUCGCCCCAGGAACGCCAGGGCUGGUGAGGUGUCCAUUUCCAUACCCGAGCUCUCCUUCCUCAGCAGGGCCACCCAGAGAGAGCUGGAGAAGAAUGUGCAGAAAAGGAUUGUCAACCAGCGUUGGAGGCUGCCCCAGAGGGUCCUUGACUCCAUGAAGCUCCUCUACCCACAGGGUCAGCUUGGCAACAUAACGGGCCCCAAGCCCUAUGCUGUCGGUCGGCAGAGAAGGCAGAAGGCCCAGAGGAUGGUUGCUCCAGCCCCACCGCUGCUCCUGCCCACUCAGCUGGCCAAGACUCAAGUGGUCCUGCAGCCCCACCUUGCAAAGAAGAGCCUGGAGAUGAACUUGGAGGUCUUCCCUGCUGCCGUCAGAGUCUCCUGGAGAUACAGGCUCCUCGUUCUGAGGAGGCCUCUCCCCAAGGUGAUCCGCCCGGGCCACAAGCCGUUGCUGCCGCGCAGACCCUUGCCUCUCUCGGUGUUCGCAGAGCAGGUGAGCCGGAUCGAAGUGGCAGUGAAAUGCAACCACCUGGCAUCCUUGUGGGGGCUGGGCACCCGCUAUGCGGAGACGCUUAGGGCAAUGAGGUCCCCUGGACCUUCCAGGCGGAGGAGGACAGCCUUCACCUUCAGCGGAGUGCAAGUGACGAUCCUUCCACGAACGGAAGCAGCAGCUCUGGAGCGUCACGUCAGCAGGAAGAGGCUCCAGCAUGAGUGGGGCUUCCCAGUCCUUGUCCAGAGGUCGCUCAGGUACCUCGUUUGUGAGCCGCCCCCUCUGCUUCCCCUGAGGCAGCCGGGGGUCUCUGCCCGUGUCCUGGUGCAGGACUUGUGCCUUCCGCAGAGCUUCCGCAACCGCCUCGAAUUGCAUGUGCAGAAGAUGAAGCUGCAACGCCUUUGGGGGCUGCCGAGGAGGGUGGUGGAGUCUCUGAGGUCGCUCUUUCCGGAGCUCAAGGCUGCUGCCCACCGGCAGAAAUCACCUGCUGAACGGGGGGCGAAAAGCACGCUCAGGAAAGUUGGGCCUGAAAGCCUCCCUGUCACCCCCGUCGUGGGCACCCUCUGCGCCGUCUGCCGUAAAAGGAAAGCGGACGCAGGGUCCCGGGGGUUCCCCAGUGUGGGACGCCAGAACCUGGAGAAGAUCAGGGUCCACUCGGCCAAGAAGUCCAUGGAGGUGCAUUGGGAGAUUUUCCCGGCCGUUGCUGUGAGCUCUUGGAGACGGGUGGUUUUGACGUCCAGGCAGCCUCUGCCCAAGCGGAUUCUCCGUGGCGUCAAGCCCUUGCAGCCCCGGAAGCUCGUCCUGACCUUUGUGCUGGCCGAGGACUUCAAGAAGAUUGAGGUGUCUGUGCAGUGUAAACACCUGAGCUCCCUCUGGGGGCUAGGCCAGCGGUACGUGGAGGCCCUGAGCGCAAUGGCCCCUGCGCCACACCCACAACCUCCCAGGUCCAGGAAGGCUUCUCUCGGGUUCUCCCCGGCCCAGACUCUGUUUCUCCUGCAAGAGGACCGGGAGUCCUUGGAGCGGCACGUGAGAAAGAAGAAGCUCCAGCACGAGUGGGGCUUCCCCGUCUCUGUCCAGAGCUCUCUCAGGGCUUUCAUGCAAGGUCCCCCCCUGCCAGGACAGGUGCCGCUUCCAGGGGCUUCCCGCAGAACCAAGAUCUGGGUGCAGACGCUGCACAGGGAGCUCUUGUUUCUUCCUCGCAGCACCCGCGUGCGCCUGGAGCACCACGUCCAGCGGCUGAAGCUCCAGAGGCAGUGGGCGUUGCCCAGGAGGAUCCUCGAAUCGAUGCAGUUGCUGUUCCCGGGGGAGAAGAUGCUGCCAGCAGGAAGCACUUCGCGGGAGUCCAGCUUUGGGGCUUGUGCCAAACCGUGGACAGCUGGUGCCAAGGGUGCUGAGCCGGUCAGGGAGAAGGGCAGAAGGAUGGUGGGUGCGGCCGCGCAUUCCGCCAAGCUGUGUCUCCCACUGGAGGGCAUGUCUCUGGAGAAGCUGCAGCUUCACGUGACUAAGAAGAGUUUGGAGGUGCACCUAGGAGCCUUCCCUGCUGUGCCCAGACACUCUAGGCAAAGGGCAUCGCUGUCCCUCAGCCAGACUCUCCCCAGGCUGAUCCGUCCCGGCUUGGCGACCUUGAGACCCCGUAGCUCUUGCCUCUUGUUCAGUGUAGAUCAAAUGGGUCAGAUUGAACUGGCCGUCCACCACAACUACUUGGCCUCCCUGUGGGGGCUGGGGACACGCUACGUGGAGGCGGUGGCUGCGAUGGCCCCCCGGCCGCCCUUCCGAACUCCGGCCAGGCGCAGAGGGGCCGCCUUCGAGUUUUUGGCAGUGGAGACGCUGUUCUUCCAGAGGUUGUCCAGAGAGGAAUUGGAGCUGCACGUCAGGAAGAAAAGGAUGCAGCACAUGUGGGAGUUUCCUGCCCUCGUGCAGAGGUCGCUCUGGGGCUUUAUGCAGGGACCACCCAGGCUGCCCGGCCUUCCCAAGACCAGCAUUCCGAUCUGCGUGCUGCAUCAAGAGCUGCUUUUCCUUCCUCGGCGCAUGUGCCGCCUCCUGGAAUUUCACAUUCAGAGGAGGAAGCUGCAGCGGAGGUGGGGUUUGCCACGGAAGGUCCUGGACUCCCUGCAGCAAUUUCUCCCCACUCCUCCCCCAGGAAGGGCUCCGCUUCCUCAGAGUGGCAAGGAAAAGAAAUUGACGAAGGCCACGGGAUCCCGGGCGGCUGAUGCGAGGCUGAGGAAGACCUCCAAUGUUCCCCCAGUGAAGAAUCAAUGCUUGGAGAGCUCCACCAAAGCUACUCUGGAUACCCAUCUCAAGAAGAAGGCUCUGGAGAGCAAAUUCCAGUUGAUGAAGGCACCUGCCGGCCCCAUCAGACGAGCCCCUCUCCCUAAACCUCCUUCCCUCCCCUCUGGGGUGAGACCCAGAAGGCCCCUCCUGCUUUUUGUCGAGCAAGAGGCUCUGUUGAAGAUCCAGCUGAACAUCAAGCAGAAGCAUCUCACGUGUCUUUGGGGCCUACCUGGUUUGCAAAUCAAAUCCUUGACCAAGAUGUACGGGAAAGUUCCUGGGCAGCCACUGCCAGGAAAGGUCGCCACAGUCGGAAGCUCGGCAAAGGCCCUGGGGAGAGAAACACCCAAGGGCCCUGCAGCAGCAGGCCUUAAAGCCUGGAAGUGGGGGGCACCUUUCCUCACACAGGACUCCUCAAAUCUUCUGGAGAUGCACGUUCUGCGGAAGAAGCUGCAGCACACAUGGGGCCUGCCAGCCACAAUUCAGAAAUCCCUCUCUGCAUUUCCCCGGCCCCCCUCUAAACUGCAAAGGUCUCCAACCCGUGCAGUAAAAGUGAGGGUCGUGACAGCCCAGCGCCUGGUCUUCCUGGAUCCCGUCACAGCGGGGAGCCUGGAGGCCCACUUGAAGCACCGGAUUGCGGCACACCGAUGGGGCCUUCCCAAACUGGUCCAGGAGUCGGUCAAGGUGUUCCUGCCUCCUGGGUCUGCUCCCCGAGCUGAUCAGGCACAAACCCCACUAUGUACCUGCAGCAAAGUCCUCCAAACCUCUCUGGGCACUCGUGGCCAGCGCCUCCGGGCAGCUACAUCGCCUUCCCAAGCUGACCAGAUGCAAAUCCCACUAUGCACCUGCAGCAAAGACCUCCAAACCUCUCUGGGCACUCGUGGCCAGCGCCUCCGGGCAGCUACAUCGCCUUCCCAAGCUGACCAGACGCAAAUCCCACUAUGCACCUGCAGCAAAGACCUCCAAACCCCUCUGGGCACUCGUGGCCAGCGCCUCCAGGCAGCUGCAUCGCCUUCCCAAGCUGACCAAAUUCCACUAUACACCUGCAGCAAAGACCUCCAAAUGCCACUGGGCACAGGUGGCCAGGGCCUCCAGGCAGCUGGAGGAGAAGCCCAGAGCCCGCUGGAGAAGCAGGUGGAAAGUGAACGGCAGCAACUACCCAGAACAGGAGGGCAACCUUCCGAGCUAUCUCCAGGAGGGAGGCACCUGGAAACCUCACGGCAUGGAAGAGAGACUCCAAAGAGAGAAUUAGACCUGUUGCCAGUGGUAACAACAUGCCUUACAGAUGAGGCCAGGGAAUAUCUUGAAUUCCAUGUAAAGCGCAAGAGGGUCCAGCAUGACUGGAGCCUGCCGUCCGCUGUGCAGAAAUCCCUACGGGCCUUUGCCCCACCUCCCCCUGAGCUGCAAGGGCCCUCAAAGGCUAGAGCAGUAGUACUCGUCAGCCCUGAGAAAUCGGGGGGCCAAGGGAAAGGGGGCGCAGCUGCCCACCCACUACAGUCUGUGACGAAGGCGAUGAUUCCUCGACGGAUCCUGCGUUUUCUGUGUCCAAAUGUAAAGGAUUGCCUGGAAACCCACAUGAAGAGGUGGGCCACAGAGCACAGGUGGGGGCUGCCCCAGAUGGUUCGGCGUUCAGUGAGGGCGGCUCUUCCUGCUCAACAGAAGUCCAGUGCGGGAGAAAAAAAGCACCCCGUGCGACUCUCAAAACGUCACCACGACUCGCCCCAGCGGCACGAAGUCCAUUCCCAUUCUGAGACAGAAGAGUCUAAAGGGGUUCUCCAUGCUGGAGAAAGCAAGCGUCCUGUACAACUCUCAAAAUAUCACCGUGACUCCCCCCGGCAGCAGGAAAUCCAUUCCCAUUCUGAGGGAGAAGAGUCACCAGGGCUUCUCCAUGCUGGAGAAAGGAGGUCUCCUGUACAAGUCUCCAAACAUCAUCGCGACUCCUAUCAGCAGUGUGGAAUCCAUUCCCAUUCUGAGGGAGAAGAGUCGAUGGGGCUUCUCCAUGGUGGAGAAAGGAGGUCUCCUGUACAAGUCUCCAAACACCAUCGCGACUCCUCCCAGCAGUGUGGAAUCCAUUCCCAUUCUGAGGGAGAAGAGUCGAUGGGGCUUCUCCAUGGUGGAGAAAGGAGGUCUCCUGUACAAGUCUCCAAACACCAUCGCGACUCCUCUCAGCAGUGUGGAAUCCAUUCCCAUUCUGAGGAUGAAGAGUUGAUGGGGCUUCUCCAUGCUGGAGAAAGGAGAUCUCCUGUACAAGUCUCCAAACACCAUCGCGUCUCGUCGCAGCGGCAAGAAAUCCAUUCCUAUUCUGAGGGCAAAGAGUCCCUGGCGCUGCAGCCGUCCAAAAAAGCAUCCCCUCAAAAGCCAAAGGGUCAUCAGAGGAAACAACGGCCGGCCAGAAACAUGGGCACAACUGUCGAGAUAUCGCCCACGCUGCAGCCACCUUUCCUCACGGACGAGGCCUUGCAGCUGCUUGAGUUCCACAUCAUACACAAGAGAAUCCAACAUGCGUGGGCCGCUCCGUCUGUUUUGCAGAAGUCCCUCGAUGCCCUGGCCCCGUUUGCCCUCCACUGGGGAGAGGACGCCCCCAAGACGCAUCGUUGGGAUGGAGAAGAAGUGAGGGUCAUCACCAACGACCUCUCGUUCCUUAAGCCAGACACCAAAGAGCGCCUGGAGGCCCACAUUACGACCUUGACCACCAGACACAGGUGGGAGAUCCCGAAACGCGUUCAGCAAUCCCUGAAGACCUUUCUGGCCUCCAGGCCCCCCUCCCGAUCUGAAGUGGGUCUCUUGCCUUGCCAGUGCAAAUCCUGGCAGGCGGCCAGAGACGAUUAUCAGACGAGUGACGACGACAACAAAGGCUCUCCUCAAGGAACAGAGGGCAGGAGGAGGGCAACCAAGAAGCAAAAGGUCCUCUCGCAAGGCCAGCAGGGAACAGCGACACGUGUGGGGCAUGAAGCGAGUGUUUUCUUAUUUCCCGGGGUGAGGCUGCCGUUCCUCCACCACGAGGCCCAGAAUGUUCUGGAACUCCACAUCCAACGCAAGAAGCUCCAGCAUGCCUGGGGCCUGCCCUCCGCUGUGCUCAGGUCCCUGCAGGCAUUCUCCCCUCCUCCCCUUGAGUCGCACAAGAAAAGGCCACCAAGAAAGAUUGUGGCCCGUCAGAUUCCAUGGGAGGAAGGAGACAUGCAGAGUGUUAGUCGGAGCCUCUCCUUCCUCAGCCCAGAAAGGAAGGAGCAUCUGAACGGCCACCUGAGGCGUAUGAUUGAGAAACGCAGGUGGGGCCUUCCGGAACGCGUCCAGCAGUCGCUGAGGGCCUUCAUGACUUCCAGGCCUGCUUCCCAACCUGAACUGGGUUGGUCACGGCAGCCCUCGCCUCCUCCCUCAAAAUCCCCCCAGGAUGCGGCUGAUUCAGAGACUGAAGGCGACAACCAGUUGGCUUCUGGGACAGAAGGAGACAAUGAAGACGACUCCAGCAGAGAGGCAACGCAGAAGCUCCACCACAAGAGAGAAGCAGCAGCUUCAGCUGCCCGUGUUGAUGUGUCAACUUUCUUCUUUCCUGAGGUGGCAUCUCCUUUCCUGCCACAAAAGGCCCAGAAUGCUCUGGAGUUCCACAUCCAACGCAAGAGACUCCAGCAUGCCUGGGGUCUGCCCUCCGCCGUGCUCAGGUCCCUGCAGGCAUUCGCCCCUCUUCCCCUUGAGUCGCACAAGAAAAGGCCACCAAGAAAGAUUGUGGCUGGUCGGAUUCCAUGGGAGGAAGGAGACAUGCAGAGUGUUAGUCGGAGCCUCUCCUUCCUCAGCCCAGAAAGGAAGGAGCAUCUGAACGGCCACCUGAGGCGUAUGAUUGAGAAACGCAGGUGGGGCCUUCCAGAACGCGUCCAGCAGUCGCUGAGGGCCUUCAUGACUUCCAGGCCUGCUUCCCAACCUGAACUGGGUCGGCCACGGCAGCCCUUGCCUCCUCCCUCAAAAUCCCCCCAGGAUGUGGCUGAUUCAGAGACUGAAGGUGACAACCAGUUGGCUUCUGGGACAGAAGGAGACAAUGAAGACGACUCCAGCAGAGAGGCAACGCAGAAGCUCAGGGGAAAACUCUACCAUAAGAGAGAAGCAGCAGCUACAGCUGCCCAUGUUGAUGUGUCAACUUUCUUCUUUCCUGAGGUGACGUCUCCUUUCCUGCCGCACGAGGCCCAGAAUGCUCUGGAGUUCCACAUCCAACGCAAGAGACUCCAGCAUGCCUGGGGCCUGCCCUCCACUGUGCUGAAGUCCCUGCAGGCAUUCGCCCCUCUUCCCCUUGAGUCGCACAAGAAAAGGCCACCAAGAAAGAGCGUAGUCCAUCCGUUUCCUUGGGAUGAGGGAAACGUCAAAAUUAUGACUCGGGGGCUCGUGUUCAUUGACUCGGUGGUGAAGGAGCAUCUGGAAGCGCAUGUGAGGAGUCUGACUGCAGGACACAGGUGGGACCUCCAAAAACACGCUCAGGAAGCCGUGAGAGCGUUUCGGCUUCCCAGGCCCCCUUCUGUUCUAGAAAUGGGGCCGGAAACUCACCCCCGUGACUAUCAAGAGGCCUUUCGUAUCCGCUCCCCAUUUGAGCUGGCAAGCUCUGUGCAGAAACGCCAGGACAGGCAGAACGUGUCAGGUGAGCUGGAGGAGGAAACGCUGUUGGCAGCGGCCCUGUCUGCCACUUCUGCGACAAGCAUAAGCUGUGAGAGAGAGCUGCCUUUCCUUGCUGGCCAUCUCCAGGACUUUCUGGAGUUCCACAUUCAACGCAAGAAGAUCCAGCAUGACUGGGGCCUCCCAGCCACCGUCCAGAGGUCGCUGCGUGCAUUUGCUCCAGUUCCCCGGGGACUACAGGAGAGUCCUUUGACUGGCACAGGAGCGAGAAUCGCUGCAGCAAGAGCAAAGGGCGUUGCCGCAGGAACAAGAGCAGGCACCAAGAAAGGACGCAAAGGCAAGGAGGUCCAAGUUGGUGCCAAACAGCUGCAUUUCUUGCAUGUAGGCACAAAGGAACAUCUGGAGAAGCACAUCCGGGGCCUGAAAGUGGAGCACCGAUGGCACAUUCCCAAAGUGGUCCAGGAGUCGGCGAGGGCGUUUAUUUUUCAUGCUCAUGGAUCAGAGGAGGAGGAACAGCCGUCCACGUAUGAGCAGACCCUCGACACAUCAGACACCCCAUUUAAGACGGAAACGGAACAAGAAUCCAGCUCAAGUUGGGAAGAUCCACGCAUCUACCACGCAGAGCUUUUUCCUGAAAUAGGGCAAGACAGUGGAGAGGCGUCGUGGGUGGAAACAGAAGAGCCGUCCCUCUGCCUCUGCGGGAAAACGCGGAACCACACAGCUGCCCAGGAGGCAAGGGGUGGCUGGGAGGCCCCGAGAGGAGCUCCCCGCAGGAGCCGAUUGCAGGAGAAACCUUUGCAGGGAUCUUGGUUGAAGAAGCCCAGGCAAGUGCAGCGCUCAAGGAUUCCUGACAGGAUGCAGGAUCCUGGGGUCCCCCCUCUCUCACAGCCCACUCGCAGACCCCCAAAGUACGUACACAAUGCCAGCCGUCGGCCGGAGAGGAAUCCCAGCUCCCAGAGGGUGAGAUAUACCUGCGGAAGAAUCACUCACCUGGCAGCACGCUCUUCAAAUACAUCCCUUGGGAAGAGGAAGAAGAAGAUGACGACGAGGGUUCCAUGGCAACCGGAGGGUAGCUUUGAAGGGAUGGCAGAUGACAGCCACCUUCCACCUGGGCAGCUUCCGCUGUUGCCAAAGGGUUCUGAAGCUGGCUGGGAGCACAGGAAGGUUUGCAAGCUACCCAACUGCUCUUCUCCGUCCCAUUUUUCGAGGAAGGCCACUGCUGCCAUCUCCUCCUCCUCACAGCUGGCAGCAGAGCAGAAAUGGUGGCAGCAGGAGCAAGAGGAAGGUGCAGAAAAUGGCAAAGAGGGAGGCUCCUCUUCUCUGCUCUCAGAGGAUAUUGAGCAGGUUCCUGGUCCAUCCUCUGGAGAAAGCAUCAGGGAUGCUUUUCAGCCAGAGCAAGAAGCCACUGAGGCAGACCUUAGGCCUCUGCAGCGGACAGAGAGUGCACAGCAAGCUAGCCUUUUUGCCCCCCAACAGGCCUUCCUGGAGCAGGCGUACGCCGUCGAACCCCAGUCGUCCUAUGAGGAGGUAGUGGCCAGAACCUACGGGAUGGCCGGCAGCAUUCGCCAGGUGAAGUCAAGGAGCGGCCUGCGGAUGGGAGGAAGGAAGGUGGGCUGGGGCAGGGAGAAGAGGAUGGACUCACCCAGCCAGACCAUGAGAGAUGCCGACUGGGCCACCGACACAGGGCGCCAGGCAUCUUCUGCCACCAAGGAGCUGGGAAGAUGGUCCUCAGAGUCCCUGUGCCAGGAAUGCCUCAGCCUGAAAUCUCCUUCCUGGAAGGAAGGGAGCGAGGAGGACUCUGUGGGGUCCCCGCUCCAUGAAGGAGCCCGAGGCCUGGAGGAGGCCUCGAGCGACAGCCCCAAAGACUCCGAGUGGCAAGCGCUCCCUGCGUCUCCAAAGGAAGGCUUCCUGGGCGCAGAGGGAGGGUUCCAGAGGCACUCGGCCCCGGACAACGAAGCGGCGGUGGAAGGACAGGAGGAGCAGGGCACCUCCUCGGGCUCCGAGAAGCAACGCCCCGUGUCGGUGGGGAGCAUGUCGCAGUUCAGCACCGAGUGGGAGUGGGAGCAGGUCGGGGACUGGGACAGCAAGGAGGAAGGGUUCGCAAGAAGCGACUGGAUGGUAAAAGAGGAGGAGGAGGAGGAAGGAGGAGGCAGCAGUGGCGGCAAAGCAACGGGGAGCCGCAGGCAUGAAAAUUCCCCAAAAAACAGCCAUUCCCUGGUGUCCCUGAAGAAGGCGAAACCUUCCCAAACGGCCUUGCUUUGGGAAGCAAGAUUCGUCCUGAGUAAUAUGGCAACGGAAUCAGCUUCUGGGUCACAGCAGGCAGUAGCAAAAGAGGUUACAGAAGGGAGGGUGCCCCUUGGUCAAACCGCUUCACCCGCCGCCAGCCAGGGAUCUGGGGAGCGAAGCCGCUACUCGCAGUUCGUAGGCACGGCACCUUCUGAUGAGAAAGUGACCCUCCUUAGUAAGAUCUUGGAGAGAAAACUGUCCUUGGAUCAAGGGCUGCGGGUCCUCAGACAUGGUGGCGAGAGGCGAAGCAAGCGGGAGAAUUCUGGGUUUUAAACGGGAAGAUUGCAUAUUGUAAUAUUCUCCAAUAAAUGCCUAGCUCAUUA